AUGUUGCAGCUUCCCGACGAUCUUCUUGCUUACAUCUCAACCUUUCUCAGUAACAAGGAAAAGAAGCGUUUACGCUCGACUAGCAAACGAUUGCAUUCCUUCUGCACUUUGCGCAUCGACCGAGUCUUUAUCUCGCCGAGCUACAAGAACAUCGAAGUCUUCAGAGCGAUCGCAGACCAUCCGGUCCUCUGCAAGCAGGUCAAGGAGAUCAUCUGGGAUGAUGCUCGCUUCGAGAAGUUCGAGCCCGAUGAUCAGGAAGAUGAUUCUCUCCCAGAGGAACGGGUGAGAAACAAAGUUGACUUUGAGAACGCCCGGGAGGAGAAUUUGAUGUCUGUUGCCGGCGAAGAGAACGCUUUUGUGCAGGCACGAGCUAGUGGAUUUGAUCCUGUAACUGUUGAGCCGCUGUCUACAGAGCCGCUGUUGGUGGAAGAGUAUCUGUCGCUGGAUGAAAGCUUUGACCUGUACAACCGGCUGUAUGAAGAACAGGAGACCAUCAUACGGGAUGGUCUAGACGUCGAAGCUUUCCGGGAAGGUCUCAGGGCCUUCACAGCACUACAGCGAGUCACCGUCACGAGCGAGGCCUACCGACCGAACAUCAUUACCCCUUGCUAUUCGACCCCGUUGAUCAUCUCAUUCCCUCUCGGCUACAGCUAUCCUGCCCCAUGGCCAUGGAUGCCCGAGACUGUUGACGAGGCUCACUCAGAGAUCAGUCUGGAAGACAUAAAGACGCACUGGCAUGGCGUUGCAGUGGUCCUGGAUGCAUUAGCGAAGCACGAUCGUCUCAUACCCGAAUUCGUCAUCGAUACACGCUACGAGCAACUGGGCAUACCCUACCAGCUCUUUGACAGCCCUUCAGACAUUCUGACCAAUUUCGAGACUCUGUGCCGGCGCGGUCUUCGCAGACUGGAUCUCGCAAUCAAUACCUUUUGCAAUUUCCGGAAUCCUGGCUUGCGUCAACUUCCUCGCGGACAGUUGAAGUCUGUUCUUGCAAAAGCGACUUCUCUGGAGCAUUUCAGCCUUCACGCAAGCUCAGGCGAGCACGCAGCUUACGACAGUCAUCGUGUGCAGAACGAAACCAUGGAUGCCUUGAGCGCGAUCCCGUUGCACUCAUGGCUGCUGAAACACAUCACGCUCUCAUCUGUCCCUGUCAUCUAUUCCGAUCUCGUGGAAUUUCUUCGCCGCCUACCAAAGGAUAUAAGGAGCGUGGGUUUAAUCAAUGUUGAAUUCACCGAAAGCACAUACAAACAGCUUCUCGAGAAAUGCAGAGAUGAGCUGCACUGGACCGCCGGACGACCGAAGCUGGCCAUUGCCCACCAGGAGGGCGGCCAACUCGAGUCUCGCAAAUUGUGGGUCGAAGAAGAUAUCGCCGAUUUCUUUCGAGGCGGACACAACCCGUUUGAAGGGAGAUCCAGAGGCAACUGGAUCCAGCAAGGAUUUGGUGUGCUUCGAGAUGAUUUUGACGAGGACUUUUGCAAGUCCAAUGUUCCGGAUCCGAUGUACCAUGUCUGCACCUCACCUGGUGUCUAUCGAGUGAAGACACGGGAAGAGGUGGCCGAGGAGCAGCGGCAGCGGGAGGGUGGUGAAUAG